AUUUUGCACGCAUUUCUUCAAUCGAUCGCGUCCCAGUGCGGCCAUUGUCGCCGCGUUUGUCCCUGCACGAUUUCGUGUGCUUAUUUCGUGUCGUCGUGUGGCGCUGUUGCUGCUGGCCCCAAUUUUGCUGGCCAAUCUGCAAACAUGCAAUUAAACAUAAAGCACAGCAAUGUGUGAGUGCGGGUCUUUUAUUUUUUCGUUUUCUCGGAAGGAUCGUCCACUACACUAAUAUAGUCCCGCAGCAGCAGCAGCAGCAAAGGUGCCGGUAAUUAGUGCAUUUAUUGUGCUUCAUCCUCAGCGUGUAGUUGUGUGUGUGCGCCAAUGUGCCUUAUGGGAUGCGUAUGUGUAUUGCUACGCAGCAUUAUUCACGUGCGGGCAUUAAAAUCGUGCCAUAGUGUUUAGUGUGUGGUAGUAGAGAACAUUACGUCUUACGUUCGUAUUGUGCCGUUCUUUCAAUCAACCCCCCAAAAAAUACUAAACUCACACACACACACACACACAUACCGCAUCGAAAGACAAAAAAAGGAUUGCUUUCCAUCGAUCAACCUUCACCGGCCGCAGCGUGGCAUUUUGUCUUACCUUCGAUCAACAGAGCCCGGCGAAACGUAAAUCAGUUACCAUUUGCUUUCGUUUCCACCUACGCAACAGCAAAGAAAAAAAAAGUACGUCUCCUUGUUUGCGCGCGUCGGUCACUCGUCGGAGUGCGUGAAAGUGAAACCAGCGAUAAGCGCACGCACACACGCCCCCACGGCCACACACAUCAGUGGUGUAGCACCUAGCCGCAAUUACACUAUUAUGGCACCAGCGUCAUAUUCGUCCACUGUGCGGUUGUCUGCUAGCGAGCGCACCCGAACAGCGACCAUCAUCCGCAUUCUGUGCCCCAUCCACCCAUAGCCGAUGAUACGGCCACGAUACGCUGGCGUGGCGUGUGUGCGUGUCCGCGUGUGUGUGCGCGCGCGCAAGAUAGUGAUUGUGCCGGGUGUGUGCGUGUGCGUACCCAAUGCAGCUGUGUGGCGUCCUUUCACGAUCUCUCGUACUUAGUGUGUGUGUGUGUACAACAACAAAUGCGAGCAAAAAGGAAGUGAAACAACACAAAAAAAUCACAGGAACCUCCAUUCAGGGUGCAAGAAUUCUCGCACGCUACUAGUACUCCCCAGUACAGAUCAAGUAGUAUUGGGGGUGCCGAAAAAAAGGUCAACAGCAGCAGUCUCCAGACCAGUGAUAAUACAAAAUCCGAUCAAUCAACCCAUGAACUUAAUGCGUGCGUAUGUUUGUGUGACUGUGUAAAGCAUAAAAACAAAGAAAAAUCAGACGCAGGACGUGCGCGCGCACCCACGUGUGCACGCACACGAACGAAAGUGCUAAACUAUGCCAAAAAGCUCCAGCAACGCAGAUCUACCACUCGGCUGGGAAAUUAACACCGACUACGAUGGCAAGGUUUACUUUAUCGAUCACAUCAACAAGAAGACGACCUGGAUUGAUCCGCGUGACAAGCAUACGAAGCCGGAAACGUUCGCCGACUGUAUCGGGAACGAGCUACCCUUCGGGUGGGAGGAGAGCUAUGAUCCACAGAUCGGUACCUACUACAUCAACCACAACACGCAAACGACCCAGCUCGAGGACCCACGGCUACAAUGGAAGAGCAAGCAGGACGAGAUGUUGCGGGAGUACCUCUGCUCCGCACAGGACACACUGGAGGCCAAGAAGGAGAUACUGAGCGUGAAGACGCAACGGCUUCAUCUUGCGCAGGAAGAGUACAACCAUCUCAAUGCGCUUGCGGCGAGUCGCACUAGUCUGUGCUCAUCGACGAGUUCCUGUAGCACCAAGUUUGAUCCGGAGUUGUUGCGGGCGGAUCUGGCCAUCGCGAAAGAGCGUGUGUUCCGGUUGAAGAAGGAACUGUCGCGUAUACAGAAGGAGAUGCACAGCACCCAGAAAGGCGUUGACACGUUGGCAAGUGUGGAACAAAAGCUCAAUGCACACGUGAACGGUUGCUACAAUAUUAGCGAAGCGCAAGCCAUCAUGGAGGAGGUGAAGAAGAUACAGAAAUCGCUCAUCACCGGUGAGCGGGAGAAGAAGGAACUGAUGAAGAGUUUGGCACAGGUGAAGGACGACCUGACGCGGUUACAGCUGCGCCAGGAAAGCCCGGACGCGUCCACCUUCAAUCUGGCGCAGGAUCGCAUCUGUGCCGCGUCCCAGACCGAUCUGUCAUCGGAACACUUCCCGAUGGGUGCACGCGAGAUGGCAAAGAUGCGCCAACGGUACGACGAGUGGCGCCGGCGCGUGAAGGAAAUCCAGGAGCAGCUGGCAGCACUGGAGGAAAAGAUACGUCCCGGGGAGCUGGAAUCUGAUCAGGACCGGUUGCUGCUGUUCCAGGAGAAGAAGCAACUGUUGCUCGAGUACCGUAGCAUCACACCGAAAUCACGCUCGCCGACGGAGAUGCGCCGGAUACAGAGCGUUUGCCGGCAGCUCGAGGCGGAUCUGAACAUGGCGUACGAGGAAUCGAACCAGUGCAUCGCGAACCGGUUGAAGCUGCACGAGGAAAAGCAGGCACUGCUGCAGCAGCUGCUCGAAGCGCUCAAGGAGUUCACGCAUCUGGAGCAUCAGCUGAAAUCGCUGUCCGCAAGCACACUGUCGAUUAGCAGCAGCUCCAGCCUCGGUUCAUUGUCCACCGCAUCCAGCAAGGGUUCACUGAGCGGGCUCAGCUUCACCGACAUCUACGGCGAUCCGUUGUCAGCGGAGCCGCAAAUCGAUAUGGUCGAUAUGAACCGACGCGUCCAACGGUUGUUCCAUCCGAGCUCGGAAGUAUCGUCACUAUCACCACGCAGCAGCCUCUCCACCGAAACACCACCCGCCUCACCCAUGAAGCUUGAUUGGGUGACGGCUGCAGCUGCUGCUGCUGCGGCAGCCAUAUCGUCUGGUACUGCAACCACAUCGUCAUCAGCUGUUCACGCUGCCAUUACUACUGCCAAACUGAUCGGUCCGGGUGUUUCGACCGCUGGGCCGAGCUACGGUACAUCAUCUGCCGCCGCACCUAGCUAUGCUGUUGCGACGGCGUCCACUAGCACAGCGGCAUCCAACACAGCCACCUCCGAUUAUAAUCUCGACCGGCAGCGGUUAGAGGAGCAACUGCAGGAGUUAAAAAUCCGGCAGCUAGGCAUUGCCGGUGGACCGCUGUCACCGAUCUACGAGAAGCCACCGUACCUGGAACCGGCCGCCCUGCUCAGUCGCUCGUCCUCCACCUCGAACACGCGGUCCGUCUCGACGACGGUGAGUGACGAAUCGGUGGCGGGCGAUUCCGGCGUGUUCGAAGCGUCACGUGCCCCGCCCGCGAUGCAGACGAAGGAAUGCGCCCAGGUACAGAUUGGACUGCGCUACGCAACCGCUGAUACCGCACUUUGCAUUACGAUCGAGCGUGGUAGCAAUUUGGGCGCCCUGGGACCACCGGCCGGUUGUCAGUUGUUUAUUCGCGCCAUGCUGCUACCGUCCGGGUCGGGUGGCGGUGGGCCAGGGUUCGUCCGUACCGGUACGGUAACCGAUUUGGUCCGGCCAAUCUUCAAAACGAUGCUGAUCGUACCGCUGCCACUCGACAAGGUGUACGCAAAAUCGCUUCACGUGAAGGUCAUGGUGCUGGUAGGCCAACGGGAGGAUUGGAUCGGAAGCACACAGAUCAGUCUGGCUGAGUUUAAUCCGGCGGACGCAACCACAAGCCGCUGGUACAAUAUCGUUAGCCGGAAGUCAAUGAACGAGUCGGAGCUGCUGGAGGGUUGUGCCGGUGGUGCGCGUGAAGAAUCGUCCGACGAGUCGACCAUCAUCUCGUCCCAAACGUCAACACUCACACGAAACCAGGGUCAGGAUGAGCUGCAAGCCGUGUUGGAGAUGGUGUACGAUGAACUCUCGAACGAUGACGAUGAUGACGACGACGACGACGAGGAAGAGGAUGAUGAGGACGAGGAAGAGGAGGAGCAGGAUAGGGAGGAUGACGAGGAGGAGAUGUAUAAGGCGGUGGAUGAAGGGAACGAACAUCGACAGGCCGGUCAAUCGGCGGUUGGGUUGGUGUGCCGUCGACGCAACAAACAGCUACAAAGGAUAGUACACUCCGUCGAGGAAGAAGACGAAGGGGAGGAACACCAAAAGCAACACGAAGAGGAGGGAUGUGCGUCCGCAGAAGCUACCGAGCUAAUGAUACAGGAGUAUAUGAACAGCGUGAAGGAGGAGCAGUGUGGCGGUGACGGUGGCAGUGAGGAGGACGGAGAUGGUGGUAUGGGUGUACCGCAACCACCACCCGUGCAGCGGGUGGACAAAGAAACCAACACCGAAUGUGCCUUUUUGCCGGAGCGGAGCCGCAGGCGGUUCCCCGACCCGAACGGUCCUACGCGCUCCUCCACCAUCGAGGAGGGCUCGGUCGUGGACGAUCGGUUGGUGAAACGAUCGCAAACUUUCUCACCAAGUGCCGUAGCUAGCAAAGCCCGAUACAUCUGCCGGUUAAACCGGAGCGAUUCCGAUUCGGCCAUGCACUUCAACAAUCAAGUGACGCCCCACCCGUUCAAGCGUGGUUCGGUCGAGCGACGGUCCCUGCGCUACCACAACCGUGUGUCUAAGAUUUAUCACAAGAUGCAUCCGGCAGUGCCACGCACCAGCCUUGAUCUCGAGCUUGAUCUGAAGGCGCAGCAGACGAAGCUGGAAACGCUGACGGACGAGAUCGGGCGGUUGCGGGAGCUGAAGCAUCGGCUCGAACAGGCACGGGACAAUAACGAUGUGAAGGUGGCAGCCUGGGCCCUCGAGAACGAGGAUUUCCUUCGGCUGGUAAAGACGGUAAACGCGGUCACGCCGGAAGAGCGCCAGCUCGCGAAGCUACUGAUGAAAACGUCCAAGGAGAUAUACAAGCUGCGCAAAACGAAAGUCGGCAAGGGCAAGCUCGAUUCGAUCUCGUUCAAGGAGAAGAUGGCAUUCUUUACGCGCCGUGGUGUAUCCGUACCGGAGCUACCGUCGGAAAUAUUCCCCGGCACGUCGGCCACGCUAUCGGGCAGUACAUCCGCCGCACAUCAGCUAGAUCCAACCAUGGAUCUACCCGUAGCCGGUAGUUUAGAACGAGAAAGGGAUGAGUGUGGUGGUAGCAGAACGCCAACCAAUACAGAGCUAAUGCCAAUGGUUACGGUUUCAUCGUCGACCGUUUGUGGACCGUCACCGGCAACAAUGGAUAUCGGCACCGGUAUGGAACCGGAACCGGAUUUUUCCUACAGCGACGUAGACCGCACGUACGGUGUGGAGGUGUGA